GACAGAAUGUGCUGCGCCAGGACUCAACACACUGGAGCCAGAGUGUGUUACAGCACAAAGCGGGGUCAGUGAUGUAGACCACACAGACACAUCACUGAUUAAAACAGAAACUGAUCUGGGCUCCACCCACACUGGGGAUCUUAUUAAGACAGAGAGCCUAGACAGUGCAGAGCUGGGAUAUGUAGCCCAUCUGCAUCCUGACCAAAUCAAAACAGAGGCUGAUGAUGUAGGAUACCUUAAGUCAGAAUGCAUCAGUAACAUACAGGACAUUGAUUGUGUGAAUAUCAACUCUGAUCGAAUGAAGUAUGAAUCCAAUGAAAAUUUGGUGAAUGAUUUCAUGAAUACUGCGGUGAACAGAGCUGGUGUUUAUCACAAUGGCCUGACUGAAUCAUGGCGAUGUGCAAAUUCAAACUUUAAAAAAGAAGAAAUUUAUAAUCUGUCAACCAAAUGUGGGGACUUAAAUCAGCACUGUAACAUAAACAAUGAAAAUAAUCACACCAAAAUUGUCCAGAAAAGUACAAACGAUUGCAACAAACACAUUCAUUGUCAGAAAGUGAAUGUUGCAAUUGAUCCCAUAAGUAAUUCAAUUAAACACCCCGAUCUUCUGAAUUUCUGUCAAAUCAAGACAACUCAGAGAAAGAAAGGUGUGAUUCAUACAGAAGAAAAGCCAUACAAGUGUAAACAGUGUGAGAAGUGUUUUACUACAAAUUCAGCUUUAAAUGUACACCUGAGAAUUCAUACAGGUGAAAAGCCCUACCAAUGUUCUCAUUGUGGGAAGAGCUUUCGUACAAUAUCGGUUUUAAAUGUACACCUGAGAAUUCAUACAGGUGAAAAGCCCUAUAAAUGCACUCAGUGUGGGAAGUGUUUUAGUGCUAAUUCUGUUUUAUAUCAACACCUGAGAAUUCAUACAGGUGAAAAACCCUACAAAUGCACUCAGUGUGUGAAGUGUUUUAGCACAAAUUUUGCUUUAAAUCGCCACCAGAGAAUUCAUGCAUGUGAAAAGCCAUACAGAUGCAUUCAAUGUGGCAAGUGUUUUUCCAGAAUAUCCCAUUUAGAUAGCCAUCAUAGAAUUCAUACAGGUGAAAAGCCCAAGUGUAGCCAGUGUCAGAAGUGUUUUAGUACAAAUUCAGCUUUGAAUGUACACCUGAGAAUUCAUGCAGAUGAAAAGCCCUACAAGUGUACAGAGUGUGAGAAGUGUUUUAAUAAAAAGUUUUCUUUAGAUAUCCACUUGAGAAUUCAUACAGGUGAAAAGCCAUACCAAUGUUCUCAGUGUGGGAAGUGUUUUCGUACAAAAUCUGAUUUAAACAUACACCUGAGAAUUCAUACAGGUGAAAAGCCCUACUCAUGUUCUCAGUGUGGGAAGUGUUUUCCAAAACUAUCAAAUUUAAAUAGUCACCAGAGAGUCCAUACUGGUGAGAAGCCAUUCAAGUGUACAGAGUGCGAGAGGUGUUUUAAUACUAAAUCUGAUUUAAAGAAACACUUUACAGUUCAUGUAGGUGAAAAGCCCUACAAAUGUAUUCAAUGUGGGAAGGGCUUUUCCAAUGUAUAUAAUUUAAGUAGCCACCAGAGAAUUCAUACAGGUGAAAAGCCCUACAAGUGUACAGAGUGUGGAAAGUGUUUUUCCAAAAAAUCUAAUUUAAGUAGCCACCAGAAAAUUCAUACAGGUGAAAAGCCCUACACAUGUACACAGUGUGGGAAGGACUUUUUAAUGAAGUUUGCUUUAAAUCGCCACCAGCAAAUUCAUGCAGGUGAACAGCCUUACAAUUGUCAUCACUGUGGGAAGUGUUUCUCUGAACUAUACGAUUUAAAUGUACACCUGAGAAUUCAUACAGGUGAAAAGCCCUACAAAUGUAUUCAAUGUGGGAAGUGCUUUUCCAAAAUAUGUAAUUUAAGCAGCCACCAGAAAAUUCAUACCGGUGAAAAGCCGUACAAGUGUACACAGUGUGAGAAGUGUUUUUGUACAAAUUCAGCUUUAAUUAAACACCAGAGAAUUCAUACAGGUGAUAAACCGUACAAGUGUAUUCAGUGUGGGAAGUGCUUUUCCAAUAGAUCUCCUUUAAUUUGCCACCAGAGAAUUCAUACAGGGGAAAAGCCUUACAAGUGCGCACUGUGUGAGAAGUGUUUUAGGACAAAUUCUACAUUAAUUAAACACCUGCGAAUUCAUACCGGUGAAAAGCCAUACAAGUGUACACAGUGUGAGGAGCGUUUUUCCCAAAUAUCUAGUUUAAUUAGCCACCAGAGAAUUCAUACAGGUGACAAGCCCUACAGCUGUAUUCAGUGUGGUAAGUGUUUUUCUCAAAGAUCUCAUUUAAGUAGCCAUCUGAGAGUUCAUACUGGUGAAAAGCCCUACAAAUGUACACAGUGUGAGAAGUGUUUUUCUCAAACAUCUAGUUUAAAUAGCCACCAGAGAAUUCAUACCGGUGAAAAGCCAUACAAGUGUACACAGUGUGAGAAGUGUUUUUCCAAAACAUCUAGUUUAAAUAGCCACCUGAGGAUCCAUGCAGAUGGAGAGUCUUCCAUAUGAAUUUCAUUUUUAAUAAUCAUUUUUAAAUCAUAAAGGCGAUAGGCCUGAUAAAUUUGUAUUGUGAGAAGCAUACUUUGUGAGGAUGUUGGAAGUGUUUCCACUUCUCAUGCAAGUUAAAAUAUCACCUGGUAAUUUAUAGAAAACUCCCUUCAUACAGUUUCAUAAAGACACCUGGUAGUUAGUGAAAAUGACAUUUUCUUCCAAAAUACCUUCACACAAAAGUCUGUAUAAGUUUUCUCAUUGUAUAAAGACUUGAAUUACCCUUUCUGGUUUAAAUGUACAGUACAAAAAUCCUUUGUGAAAACUCUGAAGGACAGUGGUUCAUUAUGUUCAUAUCAAUACCAGAACACUCCAUCAGAAUCUAAAUGUGGGAAAUUUGCUUACAUGUGUAAAGUACUUCUGUAAGUCACUGUAAAUGAUUACACUGUAAAUGAUUGUGUUUUUAAACAGCCUUUUAACAAAGUUUUAAUUCUGUUUAUAUGCAUUUAUUUACCUGGUCUUAUCAGCUUUUCUCUUAAUCUUAUGAACCAGUCUCAUUUGAAGCUGUACAGUUGCACAGUGUAAACCUAGUAUAUAUGUUACUGUCACCAGCUGUUAAUUAUUUCUUGUGAAAACCCAGUCAGCUUUUCUACAGGCCAAGGGAACUUUUGCAUCGAGCCUGCUUAUCAAAGCACCACUACAGGGUAUUGAUUCCUGAAAUAAGAAUAUUAUUUUUGUUUGUUUUUCAAUAAUAUUUCAGGUGGAAGUUUGUACUUUGCGUCCUGCAUUUUUUAGCAAACCUUUUCUAUUGUAUAGUUGCACAAUAUUAUAUAUAAUAAUAAUAAUAAUAGACAAACACAAUCUGCGUAAACUAGUAACACAAGUAAUUGUACUUCUUUUUGUCAAUACUGAAUGCAUCAUUUAAAUAUUCACAGUGGAGGUCAGAAAAAGUUUGUGAACCUCUGGGCUAAUAACUCCUCCUAAAGCUAAUUGGAGUCAAGUGUUCCAAUAAGUGAAAUGAGCUUAGAGGUGUGGGUUGAAGGUGGCAUGCCCUAUAAAAAAAGGCACACAAAGUUUGGUUACUGACAGAGGCUGAUCUUCUCAAGAAACAUGUUCAUGUGAACCAUCAAAACAAUUGUCAGAUGACCUUACAGGAAGAAGCGCAGAGAGGCAUUUGGUUGGAAAAGGCUAUAAAAGCAUUUCUAAAUGCCUGGGUAUUCAUCAAUCCACAAUGGGACAAGUCUACAAAUGGAGGAAAUGCAGUGCUGUUGCUACUCUCCCUAGGACUGGGCAUACUGCAAAGAUCACAGUAAAAGCGCAGCCUGCGACACUGAAGCAGGUCUAAAAGAACCCUAGGGUAACAGUAAAGGACCUGAAGAAAUUUCUAGAACUUGCUAAAGUCUCUGUUCAUGUGUUCACUGUAAGAAAAACACCCAACAAUAAUGGUAUUCAUGGGAGGACACUACGGAGGAAACCACUGCUCUGCAAAAAAACAUUUCAAAAUACCAGCUGGAUGUUUCACGAUGCUUCUGAGACCAUGUUCUAUGGACAGUUGAGACAAAAGUUUAACAUUUUAGCAGAAAUGCCCAACCCUACGUUUGGAGGGAACAAGCACUGCUCACCAACACCAAAACCUCACCCCAGCUGUGAAGCAUGGUGGAGGGAGCAUCAUGGUUUGGGGCUGCUUUGCUGCCUCAGGGCCUGAACAGCUUGCAGUCACUGAGGGAACGAAGAAUUCAGAAUUAUAUUAAGAAAUUUUACAGGAGAAUGUCAGGGUAGCAGUCCGUCACCUGAAGCUUAAUAGAAGUUGGGUGAUGCCACAAGACAGUGAACCAAAACACAUGAGAAAAUCAACAACAGAAUGGUUUAAACAGAAUAAAAUUCAUAUUUUGGAAUGGCCAAUUCGGAGACGAGACCUUAAUCCAAUUCAGAUGUUGUGACAUGACCUGAAGAGGGCUGUUCAUUGCAAGGAAUCCAAGAAAUAUCAAUGAAGAGAAGCCGUUCUGUGAGGAGGAAUGGUCUAGAAUUCCUCCAACCAUUGUGCAAGUCUGAUCGGCAGCUAUAGGAAACAUUUGGUGGAGGUUAUUGCUGCUAAAGAGGUCCUACCAGUUACUAGGUACAAGGGUUCACAUACUUUUUCUAGCCAGACCUGUGAAUGCUUAUUAGACUGUGUUCAAUAAAGACAUGAAAAGUAUAAUUGAUUGUGUGUUAUUAGUUUAAACAGAAUGUGUUUGUCUAUUAUUGUGACUUCAGUGAGGAUCAGACCAUAUGUAAUGAGUAAUUAAUGCAGAAAUCCAGGUAAUUCUACAGGGUUCACAAACUUUUUACUGCCACUGUAAUUGACACCUGUGUAAUUUGUUUGGAAGAAACAAUGUGAGAACUGGUUGGAGGCAAUGUAGAAAGAAAGUAAGUAAUGUGUUUUGCGAAAUUGUAUUCUGAUAAUGAACUCAACAUUACUGGCCUUUUCGGUUCUUCAACUGCCAUGUAAUGAUCCGCUAAAGCUGAUCAUUAGACUUCAGACAUUUUGUUAUCUGAGGUAGCUCUAUUUUUAUAUGUUGUAUAUGAAUUGUGUGUGAAAUAAUUUUACACUGUAUGUGCUCAUGCAAGGCCUUGAUGCCUUGUAAAUGUCUGUUUUCUCUUUUACUACCCUGUUUGCAAAUGUAGUGUUGCACAUAACUCAUAACACUAAUUGUGCAAGGAAUACUUUUGAAUACUUUUUGGUAUUAACUGUACUAAUCUUUUUUUUUUUUUUUUUUUAAGUGAUGGAGGAAUGUAGUGUUGUUUUAGCAUAAUUGGUCACAAUCCAUUAACAUUGCACCUCUGUUCUUGUGCUGAUUAAAAGCAAGAACACAAAUGUUGUGGUAAUUCAUGGUGGGCAAAAUCAGGGAGUUUAAGAUUUUUCUGUCUUCAUAUUGUCGAGGAAUAUCUAAUGCUUUUUGAGAUGUUUAUUUCAGGUAGUUUAAGUCUGGGAGUUACAGAUGUUUUCUGUUUAAAUUGGCAUUAAAAUAAAAAUGAAUCAUUUAGAUUCAUCAAUUGUGCAAUGGCAUGAUCAAUAGAUUAAUUCAUUACAAAAUGAUCAUUAGUAGCAGCCUUACUUCACACAGUGAAGGCUCAAGGCUUUUAUGUGCUCUAGAUUUCUGUAUAAAUGUCCUUCAUUACGGUCUCCUUUACUGCCCCUGUUUGUUAAUGUUGUUUAAUUCCUGUUCUACGUAACUGAUAUAAAUUUGGCUCGUAUGGAGUGUGAAUUGUUUUAAUUGUUUGAUACAUCUUCAAUUAGUCUAAACAUGUAAUUUUUCAAGUUUCACAUAUAACUUAAAUACAGUGAAUAGCUUAUUAAUUUGCCAGAGGAACUAGAAGUCCCCGGAUUCUCUUAGGUUACUGGGAGAUGUGUCCAUUUCUGAGCAAUUUGCUUUUGUUGGCUUAUGUUUACAGCAUUUAUUUAAUAUCUAAAUUAUGUUUCAAUGAAUCUGUGUGUUAUUUUAUUUAAUUAAAUCAUAAGACUGUGUUUUUAA